CUCAAUGUAAACACAAGGCAUUGAGACGUGGCAGGUGGCAGGUGGCAAGUGUGUCUGUACGUCUGUCUUGCCCUCCCGUGUUGCUGACUUGCAUCAUCUCACAUCGCCACUGACACCACACCAUCUUGUCACCUGGAAAUUGAAGCCCCCAAGUCAUCAAGCAGCCGCCAUGAUGCUAAAGGCAGUCAUUCUCAUAGGAGGGCCGCAGAAAGGCACUCGCUUCCGGCCCCUCUCCCUGGAUGUCCCCAAGCCCCUGUUCCCGGUGGCUGGCCUCCCCAUGGUGCAGCAUCACAUCGAGGCCUGUGCUGCUGUGCCUGACAUCCGAGAGGUCCUGCUGCUCGGUUACUUCCCAGCGCAGCAGCUCCAGCAGUUUGUGGCCGACAUGAUUGCACAGUACAAGAUCAGGAUCCGAUACCUGCAGGAGUACCAUGCCCUGGGCACAGCGGGUGGCAUCUACCACUUCAGGGACCAAAUCAAAUCGGGCAACCCUGACGCCUUCUUUGUGCUGAAUGGGGACGUGUGUGGUGACUUCCCCCUGCAGGAGAUGCUUGACUUCCACACGGGUCUGGCCAUGCCCUCGCUCAUCACCAUCAUGGGCACUGAGGCGACGCGGCAGCAGUCCACCAUGUACGGGUGCAUUGUGGAGGACAAGGAGACACACCAGAUCCUUCAUUACGUGGAGAAGCCUUCCACCUUUGUGUCGCCGCUCAUCAACUGUGGCGUGUACAUCUGCUCCCCGGACAUCUUCAAGCGAGUCGGGGAGAUCUUCAACUCAAGGCAGGACUUCUACAGCAGCUUUGAUGAAGGGGAGGCCACAGAGAGCAUUCAGCUGGAGCAGGAUAUCCUCAUGCCCAUCGCUGGUACUGGACAAGCCUAUGUGUACACCACUGAUCGGUGGUGGUCGCAGAUCAAGACAGCGGGGUCGGCUAUCUAUGCCAACAGACACUACCUCCAGCUGUACCACCGCACACACCCCUCCCGCCUCACCGACAACGGCCCCAGCAAGCCCAAGAUUGUCGGGGACGUGUACAUCCACCCCUCGGCCACGGUGGAUCCCUCAGCUGUGCUUGGUCCCAAUGUGAGUGUGGGCAAGAACGCAGUGAUAGGAGCUGGCGUGCGUAUCAGGGAGUCUAUCGUGCUGGGGAACUCCACCAUACAGGAACACAGCUGCGUUCUCUACACUGUCGUCGGCUGGAAUUCCACCGUGGGGGCGUGGACGAGGCUGGAGGGGACGCCAUGUGAUCCUAACCCCAACAAACCCUUCGCCAAGAUGGAUAACGUGCCACUCUUCAACACAGAGGGGAAGCUGAACCCAUCCAUCACAAUUCUUGGGAACGACGUGAGGGUGGUGUCAGAGGUGGUGGUUCUCAACUCUAUAGUCCUCCCUCACAAAGAGCUCUCCUCUAGCACCAAGAACGAGAUCAUUCUCUAAGUGCAGGCAGGUGUAAUGUGACUGUGCCAUCUGAGGUGAUUGUGCUCAACUCCAUCGUGCUGCCAUACAAGGAUCUGCCACACAGCUACAAGAACGAGAUCAUCCUGUGAGAGGCUGUGGGGUGCGAGUCUGGCUGUCCAUGGCUGUCUUGUGAGGUUUAGUUCAGGUUAAAUGAAGGGUGUAUGGUUGUGGUCAGAAGGCAUGUAAUGUAAUGCUACUCUGAAGUUAGUCUUGCUCCUCUGAUCUGCCAGACUGUUAGCAGAUCAGAGGACUUAUACAGCAUAAGAGUGCAGUGUGUCUUGCCACUUGUGACUGCUACUGUGCCUCUUGUAAGUAUGUGUGUGUGUGUUUUUGUGUUGUAAGUGUAUAUGUGUGUGUGUGUGUGUGUGUUUGUCAUUGAGGGGUAGGGAGCACCUCAAUGACAAACAUCUGAAGUGUAUUGUCCAGUUGUUGAAUUAUUAUCUAAGGAAUGUUACAAGUAUAUAUUUUUAAUAUGACACAUUGUUGCUCUUCAAGGCUUUAAAUAAAGUCUUGUCACAGACUAGAAGUUAGAGAUCAUUGUAAUGCAUCAUUGCAAGAGCUUUUCGUCAUGUAUUGUGUAGUUUGUGUGUGUGCAGGCAGGAAGGGUGACUGUAGGCAGUGCAGGCUUCCUUGAGUCAAUUGUUGUCUUGCCUGUCGCUCCAGUGCAAUAGUUUGUUUCAUAGUUAAUUGUUUUUCGUUCUCUAUUUAGUUUAUCCGUUUUAGAAUUAUUUAAACCACUAGUUAUGAAAUAAUUGUAGUAGUGGUGAUAUUGAUAUGAAAUGAUUGUAGUAGUGGUGAUAUUGAUAUAUAGUUCAUGACCCUGUACAGUUAUCUACUCCUGUUGUAUUCCUUCAGUAAGUUAAAUAAGGAGACUGGAUCUUGUGAUGUGGGGCUUACCAUCCUCCUCUCCUCCCCUGCUGCCUUCCUCAAUGUGUUCCAGCCCCAUUGAGCACAUUCUUGCCUCUGAUGUCCUUCUGGUUUGCCCUUCCUCCUCUCUUGUUCUGAAUCAUCUUUGUACUGUCAGCCUCAUUGAAGAACAGGGGAGGUUUAAUGAGGAAGUACAAUGAAUGGAUAGAAUGUAGGAAGUAUGGAGAGACUAGGGGACAUCAUAGGCUCAUGAUGUGCUGAGGAGAGGAGGGAGGCAGCCCAUAUGUCACUGAGUACACCAGAACUAAAUUGACAGUAAAUGUUGUAAAGACAAAGCAGGAAAAGUACAGUACAGAUACUACUACUACUACUACUACUACUAGACCUUAUUAUUUUUGUUCUCUUCUAUCUUUUUAAAACCUGUUUCUGUAAAGCAAGCAGUGUUCUCAAAUUUCUUAGUGUUCACUUCAUUCCUUCACUUCAUUCUUUGCCAAAGAGACUUGAGGGUUCAGGCUGGUGCAUCCAGUUCUCUUGCUCUGUAAACUCCUUGUGUUCACAUCAUUCCUAGCCAAGGAUUGUCCUUAGUGGUCACGCGGAUUAAGGCGCCGCAUUCUGCCACGAUGGUGGUAGAUUGCGGGGCAUCAAUUUGAACCCCACUAAUGACAUCUAGCAGCUAUAUGGCCUUUGUUGCCUAGCAGCAAGACAAAUUACUUCAUUGGAGGGGCGGUCCCUUGUGAUGACUUAAUUUGAGGAUUAUUUAAUCCUAGCCAAGGAGUCUUGAUCCCUCCAGCAUAAGGCUGAUGCAGAAGGGGGCAUCCAGUCCUCUUACUAAGGAGAUUGAGCCGCACCACCACUGAAACAGUGGUAGUGAUUAGUUGGAGAAGUGGUACGAGUAAAAUUAUGUGUAUCUUACCUUGAAUGAGAGUUUAACCAUUUUUCUAUUCUGAACUAAUUGCUAACAAUAUUCUAAUCAUAAAUUAAGGGAAGCAGCAAACAGGAAGCAAGGCUUCUAGAUGGGAUUAACCUGUAGUCUGUAUCAGGUAUCACUUUAUACGAACAAUCUAAUCUGAUGCCUCACUUUUCCCCAUUCCACUGCAAAAAACGGUCAGUACUUACACAAAUCAGCUUAAGGAGCUCCUCUCCUCCUCCUAUAAUUCCAUCCCAUCUCCAUGGUGUUGGCAGCAGCAAGCGGCCAUGGUAGCUUUUCCUUGGUGGAACGUGGGGCAUCAGAUUGUCAUCUUGGAAGUGUGGCCACAACCACUGUCAUGUUCAUCUAAAAAAAACUAAAAAUAAGUAAAAGAAAAAAAAUGAACUGACUUUUCAGUGCCUGACAUUGCAGCAUCACUGGCAACAGUGAUGCUCUGAGGUACACCACCUCCUGUUAGACUUUACUGGUGUUGUAUAAAGCUGUGCUGCUUACAUAUUUAUUGUAUAAUAAAGAUUUGGUAAUAUAAAUUUGGUAAUAAAAAAACUAUUUCCAA